AUGUCAUUGUUUAAGUGGUGUAGCAAUGGAAUGCAUAUGAUGCUGUUUGGUGAUGUUUUAGCGAUAUAUAGUAGUUCAGAAAAGGGGAAUUGUUGUUGUGUGUCAAUGCAUGUUGUUUACGGUCAGAAGGGGGCCUUAAACAUGGUUAUUGUUGCUGCAUUUAUUGCGAUGAGAUCUAAAGUAAUAUUCAUUCUCUUGAUGCUGUUAAUUACAGUUUCCGGUACUAAUAGUGAUGGCACUUUAUCUAAACAGAGGAUUUUGGAAGUUGAGAGAAAACUAAAGCAUCUUAGAAAACACUCAUUAAAAACCAUUCAGAGUGAAGAUGGAGAUAUUAUUGAUUGCGUCAACAUUAAAAAGCAACCUGCGUUUGAUCAUCCUGCUUUGAAAGAUCACAAAAUUCAGAUGGCUCCAAGUUACAAUUCAGCUAAGAAGGAUCCCAUAGAAAGGACUAGAAGUAAAACAAAGAGUGCAAUGAUGAAGCAAAAGGAUGAUGAGUCGUAUGCGACAGUAACAUCCCAAAUAUGGCAGAAAAGUGGAAGUUGCCCAAAGGGAACAAUACCGGUUCGACGAAUACGGAAGAGAGAGCUUCUUAAGGCUCACUCAAUCAAUGAAUAUGGAAGGAAGAAACCAAGUUUUUUAAACAGACAAAAGGCAAUAGUAUUCGCCACAGGAUUCCGCUAUUUGGGAGGUAAAGGAGACAUUAGAGUUUUUAGUCCUUCGGUUGAAAAGGAUGAUGAAUACAGCACAGCUCAGGUUUCUCUUUUGAAUGGAUCUUACAAUGACUAUGAGUGUAUUGAAUCUGGUUGGGCGGUCAAUCCUAGUGUAUAUGGAGACAGGAAGACUCGAUUAUUCGUAUAUUGGACGGCCGAUGGCUCGCACGAAACAGGUUGCUUUGAUCUGACCUGUCCUGGAUUUAUUCAAACCAGCAAUGAAAUUGCCUUAGGUGCUGCAAUUUAUCCAAUACCAGUUCCUGGUGGUCUUCCAUACCAAAUAACUAUUUACAUCUAUAAGGAUCUAAUUACUAACAAUUGGUGGGUGCAAUAUGGUGAGAAUACCAACAUAGGUUAUUGGCCACCAGAAAUAUUUAGAGCAAUUUGCUACAAUGCGGAAUCAGUGGAAUGGGGUGGUGAAGUUUACAGUACAACUGUUGGACAUACUCCUCAUACCAAAACACAAAUGGGUAACGGACAAUUUUCUAGAGGCGAUUCGGCUUCCAUAUUAAGGAUGAGAGUUCACGAUAAUUAUCCGAGCCUAAAGAUUCCAGAAUGGGUUCAAUAUUACUCCGAUGAAUAUAAUUGUUAUGAUGUUUACUAUCAAUCAGAUUAUCUUGAAGAUCCUGAGUUUUAUUAUGGAGGACCCGGUAGUAAUCUAAUGUGCCCUUAAUAACAUUAGAGUUUUGAAUGUUUUAUGCUUAUCUUGAUGCAAUAAGAAA